AUGUAUAUCUAUCUAUCUAUCUAUCUAUCUAUCUAUCUAUCUAUCUAUCUAUCUAUCUAUCCAAGUACUCCGACUUUAUUUAUCUAUGGUACCUCGGCUUUAUUUAUCUACGGUACCUCGACUUUAUUUAUCUAUGGUACCUCGGCUUUAUUUGUCUAUGGUAUCAUGACUUUAUUUAUCUAUGGUACCUCGGCUUUAUUUAUCUAUGGCACUCCGACUUUAUUUAUCUACUGUAUCACGACUUUAUUUCUCUACGCAACUCGAUUUAUUUAUCUACGGUACCUCGACUUUAUUCAUCUAUGUAACUCGGCUUUAUUUAUCUACGGUAACUCGACUUUAUCUAUGGUACCACGAUUCUAUUUAUCUACGAUACCUAGACUUUUUUUUAUCUGUGGUACCUCGACUUUAUUUAUAUACGGUAUCUCUCUUUAUUUAUAUAUGGUACCUCCACUUUUAAUUAUCUACAAUAAAACGAUUUUAUUUAUCUCUGGUACCUCCACUUUAUUUAUCUCUGGUACCCCGACUUUAUUUAUCUCUGGUACCCCGAAUUUAUUUAUCUACUGUACCUCAACUUUAUUUAUCUUCGUAACUCGACUUUAUCUAUCUACGGUAACUCAACUUUAUUUAUCUAUGGUACCUCAAGUUUAUUGCCACCUGUUUUUUUUUGUUUCAAAAUAUCAACACCGGAUUGUAAAUUUUACUGUUCUUUCUGAUUAUUUUAACAUCUAUCUAUCUAUCUAUCUAUCUAUCUAUCUAUCUAUCUAUCUAUCUAUCUUAGUUUGUUCCUUUCAGUGUAUCUAUCUCAGUCUGUUUCUUUAUUUUCUUUCUUUCUUUGUUCAUUUUUUCAUAUUCUAA